AAAAAACCUAUAAAGUAAUUGAUUAAAAGAGAAAUUUAUGAUAUACUGAAUAAUAAACGUCUUGUUGGAGGCGUUCCUUGAAUUAACUCAUUAAAAAUUUUGUUUUCUUCUUUUUUUCUCUCUCUCUCUGUUUCUCAGUCUUUUUACCUUUUCACUAAAUGGCUGCGUCGCUGCCUAUCGAUUUGAAUAAGAGCGCUUUUUAGACGCCCUUUAGUCAGACUCAAGAGCUCUUAAUCGACUUUUGAAAAUGGAAGAUCCACUUGAAGUGAGAAAAAUGACGGAGUUAGUUAGAAAAAAGAAGAAAAAGAUGAAAGAUGGUAAACUUCUACCUUCAAAAUUACCAAGACCAAUUAAGGAUUUAUCGCAAUAUAUAAAUCAUUCGCAAGACGAAGAUGAUAUAGAAAUCGACAACGAAGAAGAACAAAUGAAAAACGGAAUUGACGAUAGUACUCCUCGAAGGGGUCAUCUAGUGACGUUUUUUAGAAAUGGUGAUUGUAACUAUAAAGGUUUGAGGACGGCUAUAAGUUCAAAACAUUUUGGUAACGUGGAAACGCUAAUGGUUUGGUUGAAUGACAAAAUACCAACAGCUGCCGGAGUUCGCUAUAUUUUCUCGUUACCAGAAGCGAAACUAGUAAGGGAUAUUACUGAAUUUGGUAAUGGGGGAUCCUAUGUUGUUUCAAGCGUUAGAAAACUAAUAGACGUCGAUUACGGGUUUUCAAAGGAAGGUUAUUGGGUAAAUAGACGGCCAACUGCGUCGAAAUUUCGAAGAUCCGAUCAGAAUUUAUUAGAUCUUGCAUCACCAGUAACUAGCCAAACCUUGUCAAGAUCAAACUCUUUGAGAAGCGUGGAAUCAACACCCCGUGAAUUAUUAAUAGUCAGUAACACGAAAAGAUCUUCAAGACAAAAGAUUUUCCUUAAUCCUAAAACAAAUCAAGACUUUUCAAGAUUUCUUUACGACUUAGGUAAUACAGUAGAGCUUGAUUAUCCGCCUAUUACCGCCCUUUUUACCGCACAACCACCUUAUAAGAAGGUCGAGAGCUAUUCACAAUUAUUGAGAGAUUGUAAACUCAACGACGCUUUUAUUGCUUGCGGUCAAGAGGGUAAACCUAAAGAGUUUAAUCAAAGCGAUUCCGAAACACCAAGAAACCAAUCAAAACGUUCUUAUUUACAACAAUAUAAAGCAAAUAAACAAGCUGUACAGCCGAAGAGAGAUCGCUGGGAAAGUGAAGAUACAUCCAUACCAAAACCUAAGCCUAAUGAACUUGACCAUACAAUCAAUGUUCUGCGAGCCGAAAUUAAUGGAAGAAGAAGAAGUUUUUUAAUUCCUACUUCUCUAACAAAACAAGCUAAUUCUCUUAGGCCUAAGAAAAGAUUAAAAUUAGAUUGGAUUUAUGGAAUGAAUACGUCAUCCAAGCAUCCUCUUCAUGUACUAUCGACUGGUGAAUUAGUUUAUACAGUAGCAAAUAUUGCUGUAGUUUAUGAUAGGAAAAAGUCAGCUCAGAGGUUUUUCACAGGCCAUAAAAUGCCUAUAACUUGCUUAACAGUUCAUCCAGAUCCACUUCAGCCAUAUGUAGCUACAGUUCAGUCGGUGAGGCCUGUAAUAAAAAUAUGGGACGCCAGAUCACUCGCCAUUUACGGCGAGAUAGGAGAAGGUAGUUUACAAGGCAAUAUUUCCAGUAUUCAAUUCUCAGUUACGGGAUUAAUGUUAGCCGUUGACUCGUCAGACAAGCACACUCUCUUCAUAUGGGAUUGGAGGAACAAAGAACUUCUCAUAAGGACAAUGGCUACAACGGAAACUUCAGUGGUAUCUGCUAUUUUUCAUCCACACGAUCCGAGUUUGAUAAUUACCUACGGCAGGCAGCACAUACAUUUUUGGAAGUUAUUUACCGAAGGCGAUAACUCGUACAAGUUACUCAGAGAUAAGGAUAGUGGAAAUUUUAUCGAUUAUUUUGCCCCAAUUCCAAGCCAUGUUACCGCUGUAUCAUUUUCACCAAGUGGAGAUGUUGUUACUGCCGAUUCUGAAGGAAGGAUUAUUGUUUGGAGUAAAGAUGAAACUGAUGCUUAUACCAUUAAUGAAGAAUACAGCGGGGAUUUAUUACGAGCUCAUUAUAAGAAGCCUAUAACAUCCUUAACUACCUUAGGAGAUGGUACAUUAUUAUCGUGUGCUGGUAAUGAAAUAAAAGCAUGGGAUUUAUCGGCUGAUUAUCGAUUUGUGACUGAACGUUUAAUACCGGAAGUUGCGGGAACUAUUAAGAGUGUUGUAACAAGAAAUAUUGGUGGAAUGGAUGGUGCUAUUUACGUAGUUACGGCUAAAUCAUCAUUUUUAGAGGGAUCUUUACAAGAUAAACUGUCAUUCGUCUUCCAUGCUCAUUCUCAAUCAAUAGCAGGGCUCGCUGUUCAUCCAAGUGAACCUUUCUUUUACACUGCUGGUCAGGACUCUUACGUUUGUAAAUGGUCCGCUGCGAAGAAGAAGAUGAUCUGGCGAAUUCAUGUUGAUAUUAGUUGUUCAUCUUUGGCUCUUGACCCGCAUGGAAAGGUUCUUUCAGUGGGUACUUCUAAUGGACGUCUAAUUGCUUUGAAUGCUUUAACUGGCGAUCAUCUAUCGUCGAUUCAAAUAUCAAAUGAUUUACUUGAUUCAGUCAGCUAUUCACCGAAAGGCGAUCGCUUAGCAGCCGCGUGCCAUGACGGAAACGUCUAUAUUUUCGACGUACUCGACGAUUCCGUAGUCUAUAGGAGAAGAGACAAAAAAGGAACUCUCCGAGGUCAUAACAAUGCUGUUUUAAACAUCGAUUGGGACAAAAGUGGAAGAUAUAUACAAAGUGAAUCGCGAGACUUUGACAUAUUGAAUUGGGAUACUGAUAAAAUGAGUAUUGUUAAAGAAGAAACAGCUGCAAAAUUUGAAUGGAGUACGCAUAGCUGUACAAUUGGAGCCAGAAUUUCUGGAGCUUGGGCAAACAUAGCAGAUGGAGGCUAUAUAAGUUGCUGUAAUACAAAUUGGAAUGGAAAAUUACUAUUAACCGGCGGAGCGGAAGGUUCCAUAAAACUUUACAAUUAUCCUUGUUUACCAAAUUCAAAUUUUGACGAAAGACGUCCGUACUGGGACGUUGUUAGACGAGUUAACUUCUCGGCCGAUGAUUGCCACGCAUUUACAAUUGGUGGAAAAGAGAGCGCCAUUCUACAAUGGUCUCUCUCCGACCAAUUAGAAUUUACGUGAAUAAAAAAGUAAAAGUUUACUUAUCAAAAAUUCAGAAUUAUGCAUUUAAAAAUGAAUUUAUUAUGUAAAUACC